AUGGAGAGACAUCGACCGAUUUUGAUAGCAGCUACAUUUUUGUCCGUGUUGGCAACAUUUUUCAUACCACUAUCUGCAAACACAAUACAAUUAACUGAAGGGAACAUACAGAGCAUUUUUGCAAGGCAUGAGCUUGUAUUUGUUAACUUUUAUGCUGACUGGUGUAGGUUCAGUCAGAUUUUAGCACCUGUUUUUGAUGAGUCUUCCAGAAAAAUACAGGAAGAAUUUCCACACCCAGGGAAAAUUGCAUUUGGAAAAGUUGACUGUGAUGCAGAGACAAGUGUAUCUUCAUCAUAUCACAUUAGUAAAUAUCCUACAUUAAAGCUGUUUCGAAAUGGCCAAGUGGUUAAGAAGGAAUACCGUGGCCAGAGGUCUGUGGAUGCCUUAUCUGAAUAUAUUAGAGACCAGCUGCGGGAUCCUAUCCAAGAAGUGAAGAGUCUGGAUGAUUUAGAUGAACUUGAUAGUAAAAAACGCAAUAUAAUAGGCUAUUUUGCCACCAAGGAUUCUGACAGCUAUAAAACAUACAUGCGAGUAGCCAGUCAGCUGCGAGAUGAUUGUCCAUUUUAUGCUGUUUUUGGAGCUGUGGCUGAGCCAGAGAGGACAAGUGGGGACACCAUUGCGUUUCGACCACCAAAUACGAGACGUCAGGAAAAAGUUUUUACUGGUGCUAUUACAAAUUAUGAUCAUCUUCAUCAAUGGAUCUUCGACAAAUGUGUGCCUCUAGUCCGAGAAAUAACUUUUGAAAAUGCAGAAGAACUUACUGAAGAGGGGCUUCCUUUCUUAAUUCUUUUCCAUAAUCCUGAUGAUCAUGAAAUUGUAGAAAAAUUCACUGCAGAAGUAUCAAAACAAUUAUUAGGAGAAAAAAAUAAUGUAAAUUUCCUCACAGCUGAUGGCUUGAAAUUCACUCAUCCUUUGCAUCAUUUAGGAAAGACGACUAAUGACUUACCUGUUUUGGCCAUAGACAGUUUCAGACACAUGUAUCUCUUCCCACAUUCAGUUCGGGAAAACUUAGAGAAACCUGGUCUAUUGAAACAGUUUAUUGAUGAUUUGCACUCUGGUAAACUCCAUCGGGAAUUCCAUCAUGGACCAGAUCCUACAGAAGCACCCAAGGCAACAGAUGCCAGCUCAGACCAAGCUAACAUUCCACAGAGUAAUGACAAACAGCCAACUAGUCCACCAGAAUCUACAUUUAAAAAAUUAAAACCAUCCAGGAGCCGUUACACAAUAGUGAGAGAUGAACUAUGA